GUGGCUUCAAGCGCCACAACAGUGACAGUGACCUCGCAGAACACGCACAUUCUCUCUCUCUCUCGCUCUCGCUCUCGCUCUCGCAGAGGCACAGGCGAAGGGUAAAUGGAAGUGGGGAGGCUACCCAUCUCAGCAUCACAGAGAGGGAAACUGAUAUCAGCAGGCUAUACAACGCUCUCUUCGCUUUCCUCGGUCUCUCCCUCCGACCUUGCUCGAGAACUAAAUAUUUCGGAUGCUGAAGCAGCUCAAAUUCUGAAGGUUGCAUCGCAUGGUAGUAGGUUGGACGGGUCAGAAGGAGGUUGUGCUGCUAUUAACGGUGCACAAACUGCUUGGGAAAUGCUCCAUGAGGAGGAGAUGUUUCCACGCAUUACUACAUCGUGUAUGGAUCUGGAUAACAUCCUUGGUGGGGGAAUAAAUUGCAAAGAAGUUACAGAAAUUGGUGGAGUUCCGGGCAUUGGUAAAACACAGCUGGGGAUUCAACUUGCUGUCAAUGUUCAAAUUCCAGUUGAUUCUGGUGGCUUAGGUGGAAAGGCAAUAUAUAUAGAUACAGAAGGCAGCUUUAUGGUAGAACGUGCUUUACAAAUUGCUGAAGCAUGCAUAGAGGACAUGUCAGAAUCUGAUGGCCUUUUGCGGAAGGAUUUUAAAGCUUGCCAACUUAAAAUGCACCCCAACAAUAUCUUGGAAAACAUAUUCUAUUUCCGUGUCUGCAGCUACACUGAGCAAAUUGCCCUUACAAAUUACUUAGAAAAGUUCAUCUCAGAGCAUAAAGAUGUUAAGAUUGUUAUUGUUGAUAGUGUUACUUUCCACUUCCGCCAAGAUUUUGAUGACAUGGCCCUCAGGACUCGAUUACUAACCGGAAUGGCUUUAAAGUUGAUGAAGCUUGCUAAAGCGUUUAGUGUGGCGGUUGUUUUAUUGAAUCAGGUGACCAACAAGUAUACAGAAGGUUCAUUUCAGUUAACUCUUGCACUGGGUGAUAGCUGGUCACAUUCUUGCACAAAUCGGGUCAUAUUGUAUUGGAAUGGCAACGAACGAUAUGCAUACAUCGACAAGUCACCCUCCCUCCGAUCAGCAUCAGCACCGUAUUCAGUGACCAGUAAAGGUAUUAGGAAUUCUGCUUCAAACUGUAAGCGAAUUAAAAUGAUGUGACAUAUAGAUAGGGUGAGAUGCAAGCAAAAACUAUCCAGCAUCAGCACCAUAGUAUAUGUUGUUUAAACCAUACUAAAGCUUUAUCAUUUAAGCAAAUUAUAGUCACCAACAUAUUUUAUUUUGGUAA